GCCUAGUUCCAGGGCACGACUAGGUUCUGCCGAGACUCGAGCGCCUCACCUUCCUUUCGUUUAUCUCGCUCACCGUACCUUAUUCUCUCUUGACCAAAGUCCCGACCACGAGAAUGUAAAAGGUGACGCGCUCGAACGAGGCCAAGCAUACUGCAACCACCAUGGCAAGAGACGAAAUUGACGUUUCCCCGCGCGCCCCAAUACCGAAGGGCUACGUCUUCGUGCCCAAGGGAGAUGUUUACAUCACCAAAAACUGCCGCAAGAAAACGCACGAGGCAGACAAGACGCUCUAUGUAGUCGUCACCAAAACCGGAAAAGCGCUGGGCCUGCGGUGCCCCGCGGGGAUCUACGCGUCUGUCGAGGCAGACCAUAGAGCGACCGCCGUACGUCGGGCGGAGGCCGUCCAGAAACGGGAUUCCGCCCUCGAAGAGACCUUUGAAAAGGCCAUAGUGAAGCUGUUCCCCAAGAUCCCCAAGGAGGCAAUACCCAAGAUCAUAAACCGCGCGCUGGAGAAGCACAGCCGGCGCGUGGGCAGGACAGGCACCCUAACGUUGAAUGAGAAAGUCAAGCUGGCCGUGAGAGCCCACAUUCGGCACUGCCACACCGACUACGACAAGCUUCUCAAGCAGGGCGAGAACCGCGAGGUCGCGAGAGCAAAGAUUUUGACCGAGAUCAACGAGGUCGCCAGUGGUUGGGGCGGCCAUAUCCGGAGGCUUGUCAGCAAUGUCGGCAGCGGUAAGGACAAGACCAAGAAGGCCUCCACAGGGGCAGUAUCGGCGGCUGGAACGAGGACUAGGAAAGGUACGCUGCUCGCUAGGAAAGCGGUGCUCUCGGGAAUCUCACGGGAUGCAGAUGCUAUCAUGCGGGACCUUGAUAAAACAGACGCUGUCUUCACGAAGGGCGAAGACAGCGACCAGGCUAGCGACAGCAGCGAUUGGAGCAACUGGAGUGAUCCCGACUAACCACCGCCAGGGGGAGAUAUUGCGAAUUCACGCUAUAUCUUAGCAGGGCUUGGGAUAUAACAGAAGAAAACAACGGCGAGAAGAUGUCUUGACGUCUUGCAGUUGACUUGGACGGGCCCCGUCUAGACCACAAGCGAGUGAUAACUCAACGGCCCCGGAUGGUGCGGAAGCGGCGCCCACGUGUGCUCAAGGCGCCGGCGCCUCAAAGUGCCCCGAGAAGGGGGUGUGAGAUAUGUCUUUGUCUCCGCCGGACCCGAUAGUCUCGCCUAAAAACACCCAACCGGCGGUCCAGCGCU